CAUAGGAUGAAAGAUGAAACCGUAAUUUAGUUUGAGUUUUUAAUAAUCAGUAUUCAGUUGAAUUGAGUUUAAGUUAUCAUUACGACCAGUACCAUCAGUACCUGUCAGUACUACCAUUACUAUUCAGCUAGUAUUUUAAGUCUCUGUACCAUUAAGACUGUAAUUAAUUAUUAUAUUAGUUAUAUUACUCUGAUUGUGUGUGAUGACCACGGUACUGUUUCAAUUCAUUUAAUAAUAUUUAUUCAAUUGUUUUUUAUUUUUAUUUUUCUGAGGUUAUACUUUGAUUAAUUCCAUUUUCACCGUAAACUCACACACACACACCGACAAUUAGAUAGUUUAAUGCAGUUUAAUCUAUCGUAAAUAUAUAUUUUUAAUAAUUAUUAUAACCCUUAAAAAUACUUAGUGAUUUAUAUUUUCACAAAAAACAAGGUACUUUUUAUUGUCCCGGUGAUAGUGAUGAUGAUUAAUGAUAUUCUAUAAAUCAAACCAUUGUAAGUACAUCCCAAAGUGUUAAAGUGAGUGAAGAAAAAAAAAAAAGGAAAAAAAAACCGUUAAUUUGGUUCUCCGUGUGUGUGUGUGUGUCAAAUAUUUAUUGAUGAUGUCAGUGACAUGUUAAAUGUAACAAUUGUACAGAGGCAUAUCAAAAAUGUUUCAUGACAACAAUAACAAUUAUUAUUAUUAAUAUACAAAUAGAUAUACAUAUAUAUAUAUAAAAUUAUUUUUAAGCAUAGAAUUGACGGAAGAAUAAAUAAAUAUAUAUAUAUAUAUAUAUAUAUCUAUAGAUUCUUGUAGUUGUGUAUUGAGGAAUUGCAAUAAUAUAAAAAAAGAAAAAAGAAAAAAAAAAAAAAAAAAAUUAUUAACGCGCACCAAUGAGCUUAGUAAUAAUAACUCUCGAAUCAAUUUGGUGUGGAGAUUUUUUUGUAUCUAAAAAAGUGUAAUGCCUGGGAGUCGCUCUAGUACCGCUGCUGAUCCAGAACAUAAAUCACCACGUGAAAGUGGUGAAGAUUCUGAAGAUGAGAGUGAAAUUUUGGAAGAAAGUCCCUGCGGGCGGUGGCUGAAACGGCGAGAAGAGGUGGGACAACGUGAUGUUCCAGGAAUUGACUGCGCUUAUUUGGCAAUGGACACUGAGGAAGGUGUCGAAGUUGUAUGGAAUGAAGUGCAAUUUUCAGAACGUAAAGAUUUUAAAGCACAAGAAGAAAAAAUUCAACUAGUCUUUGAAAAUUUAAUACAAUUAGAACAUCCAAGUAUUGUUAAAUUUCAUAGAUAUUGGACUGACACUCAUAAUGACAAACCACGAGUCAUAUUCAUAACAGAAUACAUGUCAUCUGGCUCACUCAAACAAUUUCUCAAACGCACAAAACGCAAUGUAAAAAAAUUACCACUACAAGCAUGGAAACGAUGGUGUACACAAAUUUUAUCAGCAUUAAGUUAUCUACACUCUUGUUCACCACCAAUUGUCCAUGGUAACCUUACAUGUGAUACAAUAUUUAUUCAGCACAAUGGCCUAGUAAAAAUUGGUUCAGUUGCACCAGAUGCGAUACAUCAUGAUGGACGAACCUGUAGAACAAAUGUUAAAAAUAUGCACUUUGUUGCACCAGAAUAUGGAAAUUUGUUAACUCCGGCAAUUGACAUAUAUGCUUUUGGAGUUUGUGCCCUUGAAAUGGCUGCAUUAGAAAUACAUGGAAAUGGUGAAAGUGGAACUCCUGUUACUGAUGAAAAUAUUAAAAAAACGAUUGAAUCAUUAGAUGAUCCCCAACAAAAAGAUUUUAUAAGAAAAUGUCUUCAAUCAGAGCCGCUUAGUAGACCAAGUGCCCGAGAAUUAUUAUUUCAUCCAAUAUUAUUUGAAGUUCCUUCGCUUAAAUUACUUGCUGCACAUGCUUUAGUGACAUCAGCAACCAAUAUAUCUGAAACAAUAACAGACCAAGUUUUGCAAAGAUUAUAUGGACCGGAUACAGUAGUCGCUGAAAUAAGAUAUCAAAAUCAAUUAUCACCUUCCACCGCCAUAUCAUCAACAUCAUCAUCAUCUUCAUCCUCGUCUUCAUCAUCAUCGUCAUCACAACCGCCACUACAGCAAAUUCGAUUGAGUGACAUAUCUGUCACCGAGAAAUUGGAAAAAUUUGUCGAAGAUGUCAAAUAUGGAAUUUACCCUUUGACCGCAUACAUGGCUAAACUACCUCCACCUUCGGCAGUUCGACCUCGAGCAAUAUCACCUGAAGUUACUGAAUCAGUUAAAUCUGUUACACCUGAACCUCUUACUCCAGAAGCCCGUAGGAUAGUUCAUAUGAUGUGUAAUGUUAAACCUAGUGGCGGUGGUUGUGAUAAUUUAGAAUUAAAUAUGACAAUAUUGUUAAGAAUGGAUGACAAAAUGAAUCGUCAAUUAACAUGUCCUGUUACUGAAACAGAUACACCACUUAUACUUGCACAAGAUCUUGUUGAUAAUGCAUUCAUAAAUGAGAGUGAUCGUGACGCACUGGCCCGUUUAAUGGAGGAAACAAUUCGAAGUUUUUAUAACAAGCAAAAAAUGCGACCAACAAUGGUAUCUUUAACAAAUUUGCCGGCAUCAUUGCUACUUCCUGAACCAGAAUUACCCCGUAUACAAGAUUUGGAAACUUUAAAUCAUAAUCCAUCAUCAACAUCACCCCCAUCAUCAGUAACCUCAACUACAUCAGUAUUGAAAAAUGACGUUAAAAAUAUUAUACACAAUGAUUCAACAUCAGUGGGCGCAAUACCAGGAACAACAGAAGCAAUAUCAUCCACGUCGUCUUCAUCGUCCGCUUCAUCAUCAUCAUCAAUGAUACCUUCUACCAGCUGUAGCAAUGCUGAAGCUCCACCUUCUACAACAACAAAUAAUGAUUCAAUAGUAAUUACUAAUAAUAAUUCAGGAGACAUUGAAUCAGCUGUGGUGGCUGAUAGUAUUAUUGGCAGCUCCAGUUAACCAAAAUACUUAUAAAUACACAUAAAUAUUGUGUGCCACGAGCACAAAUAUAUAGACUGUAUUUUUAUAUACAUAUAUAAGACGUAAUAAGAUCUUUCUCUCUUCUUCCCCUUGUGUAUAUAUAUAUACACAUUAUAUUUUUAAA